AUGGCGACAAGCAUGCGUUGGAUAGCGCUCUUCUUGCUGGUCGCCGUGUCUGCUCUGGCCGUUUCUGCCAUCAUCGAGGAUGGCCUGUUACCCAACGGGGACUUCAGAAACGGGCCAGACAAGUCCCAGAUGAAGGGCCCGGUGCUGACGGGGAAGCACGCGAUACCCAACUGGGAGCUCUCGGGGUUCGUGGAGUAUAUCGAGUCGGGGCACACGCAGGCCGACAUGAUGCUGCCGGUUCCGGUGGGCGCGAACGCCGUGCGGCUGGGCAACGACGCCACCAUCCGGCAGCAGCUCAAGGUCGCCCGCCACACCUACUACUCCAUCUCCUUCAUCGCCGCGCGGUCAUGCGCCCAGGAGGAGAAGCUCAACGUGUCGGUCGACCCGGAGUUCGGCCUGCUCCCGAUCCAGACCGUGUACACCAACACCGGCUGGGACACCUACUCCUGGGCGUUCAAGCCCAGGCACACCACCGUGUGGCUCUCCAUCCACAACACCGGCAUCGAGGAGAACCCGGCGUGCGGCCCUCUCAUCAUCGCCGUCGCCAUCAAGACCCUCUACCCUCAGCUGUACAACAAGGGCAACAUGGUGAAGAAUGGGGACUUCGAGCAGGGGCCGUACAUCUUCCCGAACACGCCGUGGGGCGUGCUGAUGCCGCCGAUCUUCGAGGACGUGCACUCGCCGCUCCCGUGGUGGAUGAUCAUGUCGGACACCAAGGUGGUCAAGUACAUCGACGCGCAGCACCACGCGGUGCCCAAGGGCGCGCGCGCCGUGGAGCUGGUGGCCGGCGUGGAGGUCGCGCUGGUGCAAGAGGUGCUGGGCACCGUGCCCGGGCGGUCGUACAGGCUCACGUUCUCCGUCGGGGACGCGCGCAACGGAUGCGUCGGGUCCCUGGGCGUGGACGUGUACGCGGCGCGGGAGAGGCUGAGGGUCUCGUACGUGUCCCGCGGCACCGGCGGGCACAAGUGCGGCAAGCUCGAGUUCACGGCGAUCGCGGACAAGACGCGCGUGGUGUUCCAGAGCUCGAACCACCACACCGUCAACGCCACGCUGUGCGGGCCCGUCGUUGACGACGUCUGGCUCGUCAGGCUCAAGUAG